AUGGCUGACUCCGGAGAUAACUAUCGACCACCCUGGUCGCUCGGGGAGACGUCGGUCAUUCUCUCCUCGCAGCCGCUCGCGGGUGAAAGCCGAGAAGAGUUUCGUCGCCAGCGCAGUCCCAUGACGGGAGUGAGCGCGCCUGGCGGAGGAUCCAACACUGGUUAUACCGGAGGCGCCCAGCACCAGAGGUCUUUUGAGGAUCGUCAAGCCGCAAAGGAACAGAGAAUGAGUAGUAUCAGGGAGACUUCGCAACAGGACCGCAGGGUCUAUGUCGGGAAUCUCUCGUACGACGUGAAGUGGCACCAUCUGAAAGAUUUUAUGAGACAAGCUGGAGAAGUUCUCUUCGCCGAGGUGUUGUUGCUUCCAAAUGGAAUGUCGAAGGCUCCACAGGUGGCCGCGGCGGCUUCGGUGGCGGCAUGCAAGGCGGUUAUCCUGGCCAUGGCGGCGGUGCCCCUGGAGGAGCUCCCUUACAACGUAGGCUGGCAAGAUCUGAAAGACUUGUUCCGCCAGGCCGCCCGCAGUGGCGCAGUAAUUCGCGCGGACGUCCAUAUUGGCCCCGACGGCCGGCCCAAGGGCUCCGGUAUCGUUGUCUACGAAAGCCCUGAUGAUGCCCGGAAUGCCAUCGCCCAGUUCAAUGGCUAUGACUGGCAGGGGCGCCUUCUGGAACUUCCUUGGUCGACGAGCAACGAUGAUCUCGUUGACCUAUUCUCCACCAUUGGUAAAGUAGAGCAGGCCGAGAUUCAAUAUGAGCCCAGCGGUCGCUCCCGAGGCACUGGUGUCGUCCGCUUCGAAACGGUGGAAACAGCGGAGACAUCUAUCACCAAGUUUCAAGGAUAUCAAUAUGGAAAUCGCCCUCUGGGUCUAAGUUUCGUUCGGUAUCUUCAUCCCGGUGGUGGCGAAGAUUCGAUGGAUACAGAUAACCACGGCGGGCUCACCCAGGAUCAAAUCAUGUAA